ACUCAGAUUAUAGAAAAUAUACAGCCUCGAUAACCUGAAAAAGAACUGGUAAGAUUAUACUCACACACACACACACACACACACACACACACACACACACACACACAGAGUGGAAUGUGAUGUCAGAAAGGUGAACUGGUUUGGUCAGUAAUUAUCUUUAACACCAAAGAACACAUUCUACACAGACACUCUGGAAAUAAACACACACACACACACACACACACACACACAGGAGAAAGCAUCAACAUGGGAGCUCGAGAUCAAAGUCUAAUCACAGAGGAGGAAUGAGACGCUGGACAGAUGAAACACGACUAAAGAAGACAAGAGAGCAGUGUGUCGGAGUUCUGCCUGUGAACACCACUGUGUCUCCUUAUCCAAUCCUCAGCAUUCCUACAGAGACUACACAACCCUACACAACUCCACACAACUCCACACGGCCUACACACACAGUGUUUGUUCAGCCUUCACACCAUCAGCUCCCUCAGUGGCAGCAGCAGCAGCAGCAGGGUGGAAGUCUGGGUCCUGCCCCCACUGUCACCACCUGCCCUCACUGCCAGCACCAAAUUACCACCAGUGUGCGUUACAGACCAGGAGGCACAGCAUGGGCCACGUGCUGCCUGCUUACAGUCGUGGGGCUCGUCUGUGGAUUUUGUUUAAUCCCCUGCUGUCUGAAAGAAUUCCAGGAUGCUUAUCACUCAUGUCCUGCCUGUAAAAAUUACUUAGGCGUAUAUAUUCGCUAAAACAAACACACACACACAUACACACACACACACACACACACACACACACACACACACACACACACACACAUUGUGUAUUAAAGCAUGGUCUAAUUUCUGCUGGAAUAACCUACAAAAAUAUCAUCAUUAUGACUAACAUCAUGAUCUGGAACAUUCCACUGGUGAAGGUGAGACACUUGUACAGGUUGUAUGGAUGAAGACUGCUGAAGCCUGAAUCAUUAACCACCAAACAGAUGUGACAUCUUCUGAAAUCUGAAGAACCUCCAGAACCUUACAUCUCAAAACUACAGAAGAGUGUAGCUAGCUGGAUAUUGUGUGCACUGUGUGUGUGUGUGUGUGUGUGUGUGUGUUUCAUUAAUCAGCCAUAAAUAAACAGUAGGAACUUUAAUUUUAUAUUUCUAAUUCUAAUUCUAAAUUGAUAUUUUCAGGGGUUUCAGACUCCCACUGUCUGGAAAGUGCACAUUUGUAAUCGCCUGCUGAGGUCCAGAGGAAACUAUAAAAUUAUAACGUGUAAUUUUACUGGAACAGAAGAACAGAAUCAAUAAUCAUUCUGGAUUCGCUUUAAACCUCAAAAACAAACAAUCACCUGGAAAUAACGGUGAUAUAAAUGUGAUUUAAAUGAUUGUAUGUGUAUUAAGAAGGAGAAUGAAAUGUUCUGAUUGCAGAGUGAUGGACCGAUGUGAAUACACUGUAUUAAUAAUAACACACGUUUCUCCACUGUACAGUGACUUGUGUCUGAAACAUUGUGUAUAUAAACUUCAUACUGAAACUCACACACACCAACCUGUACAUUUACUGUAGACGUCACACCGUGUCGAUUUACACUGUUUUACUGAAUAAAAGUUGUAUAAAACCUGA